AUGGCGGUAAAUUCACCGACGAGUCGCUGCGCCGCUCAGCUCAGCCGCUCCCUCGCUCCUCGCUCGCCUCUCUCUUUCCUCAAUCGGACCUUCCCCCGACCCGACCCGCCCACCCCCAGGCUCGUCUCCGUCCGUUGCCACGCGCCGUCUCCGGACCCCUCCCGAUCCCACCGGCCGGUCGGCCUGGGCCAGCCCGAAGCUCCGAUCGCGUCCUCCACCUCCUCCGCCAUCGAUUUUCUCACAUUGUGUCACUCUCUCAAGACAACUAAGAGGAAAGGGUGGGUGAACCAUGGAAUAAUCAAAGGGGAGUCGAUUGCUGAUCAUAUGUACCGCAUGGCUUUGAUGUCUUUGAUUGCUGGCGAUAUUCCUGGUUUGAAUAGAGAAAGGUGUAUAAAGAUUGCUAUUGUGCAUGACAUUGCUGAAGCCAUCGUUGGUGAUAUAACACCAUCUGAUAAUGUGCCCAAAAAGGAAAAGAGUAGAAUGGAAGCAGCAGCUUUGAAUGAAAUGUGCAUAGUUCUUGGUGGAGGGAUGAGAGCUGAAGAGAUCAAAGAACUUUGGGAAGAAUAUGAAAAUAAUUCCUCCGUCGAGGCAAAUCUUGUGAAGGAUUUUGACAAAGUUGAAAUGAUUCUGCAAGCAUUGGAGUAUGAAAUGGAACACGGAAAAGUGCUGGACGAGUUUUUCAUUUCUACUGCAGGAAAGUUUCAGACUGAUUUAGGGAAGAGUUGGGCAGCUGAGAUCAUUUCUAGAAGAAAUACACAGCUGGGCAAAAGCCAGAACUGAUUUCCUCUUUGCAGUGAAAGCCACUCCUUUUCUGAAGACAUCCUUCUGUGCAUGCUGCAGGGAAACCACAUCAGCUCAGCAACAAAUCUGUUAUAACAUCUGUGGUGAACUAGGCGCGAAAUUAGCAGUGGAAAUGUCAGAUAGUUGGAAGACUGCUAACUGAAUUGAACAUGGAAGCAGGAAACCCCUCUUUCUACUUCAAGCUCAUCCAAUAUUUCCUAAUUUUGAAUUUCCCAGUAGUCACUUUCUCCGAAUACAUCAGUUAGACACUUUCUCCGAAUACAUCAGUUAGAGUUCUGCUGAAAAAAAUGAACUUCUCUUACCAUACACUUGCUUAAAUUUGAGUGAAAGGAUCAAACUUUACACACG